UUUUGUGGUUGUUAUGAAUUCAUCUGUCGUGACAUUGAAUAGUUAAUGUGAAAGUAUAUUUUUGGAUUAUUUGUUAUAUAUUAUAAAUGUUAAUAAUAAUAAAUGUUUUAUCUAAAGUUGCUCUAAGUAAUAUAAUUUUAUGAUUUAACUUUGUAGUCUUUCUUGGUUGGUUAACUGAACUUUGUGUUUCCAUCCUUUUUAAGAACUUCCCUGACCAACUAAUGCACAACACAGGCCUACCCCACAAAGUCUGUGCAAAUCAAUGGAAGAUCAUCUGAAAUGAAACAAGCUAGUCAAUGUGGUUUGAGUACGCUUGAUGCAAUUAUGAUGAUUAUAAUUAUUUAGAGUGAUUAAGCAACUUCUAGAAGAUUUGUAUUUUAUAUAUUUAUAUAUUAAUUAUUAUCUCUUUAGAGUAUAAUUUUGGAAAUUGUCUACAUAUAGGAAUUUAGUACUCUGUACAUGUUCAUGCAUUUGGAUUUCUACAGUAACAAACUAAAUUUAAACUUCUAUAUAAGCAACAACAAGAAAAUAUAAAAAUUGAGAAUGAUGUAAAAAUGCAACGUGAUGAUGAGGAGGCUGUUGACAACAGAAAUUUUGCAUUGCUGGAAUCGGUCAAUAAGCCACAACAGGCACUUAAAAAGGAGAGAAGCCAUGUAAAGCAAAGACAUUCCAAAUCAACAGUGAGUUCCACUUGUAAAUCUUCAGCGUUAACAGACAUUCAAGAUGAUGACAUAAUGUCGAUUUCAAAUAUAAAUAUUAAUAAUGAUUCUACUGAAUUAAACGAGGGUAUCGGUGAGAGUAUGAAGAACAUUAAUUCAGAUACAAACAGGACAGAUGGCAACCUCUUCUGCAAUGAGUCAAAAGACCACCAGAAACAUGCAUGGAACAUUGAUGUUGACAAUAUGACAAAAUCUUCCACCUCUUUGUCUUCUGAUAAGUCUAUUGAAAGUUCAACCAGUACUUUGAAAUUAUCGGAUUCAACAUUAGCGACAACUGAAAAUUUGAAUUAUGUACCGGCUCGCUUGAAUAGUCCAUUUUUCCUGAAGCAACUUGAUAUAUCAAAAGAGAUUAUGAAGCAAGAUCCAAAUUUACCAUCAUUAAAUAUUGCCACUAGAUCUGCAGAAAAGUCUAGAAAGAAAUCUUCUGCAGUAAAGAAACCGAGGGGGUUUUCAUUGAUAUCCAAUAGUGGAAGUGAGAGUUAUUCGCGAUCUUCAUCAGCAUAUGAUUCUUCUACAUCCAAUGUGAGAGUUGCUGUAAGGAUUCGACCAUUGUGUGCAAGUGAAAAAGCAAGAGGCGAUAAAGCAAUUAUAGAAUAUCCAGGACAAGGUAGCAUAUGGGUAGAUAUUGACUCCAGUACAACAAAACCAUUCACAUUUAAUACAAUAUUCGAUGAUCGUGCUAGUCAAAAUCAGGUAUUUGAAGAGUGUGGUAUUAGAGAUUUAAUUGAAAAAGCAUUAGACGGGUUUUCGUGCACAGUGUUUGCAUUUGGACAAACUGGUUCAGGGAAAACACACACUAUCACUGGACCAGCAGAUCAAAAUGUAGAAGACAUGCUUGGGAAUAAUGAAUUACCUGGUCUUGUGCCAAGAUCAAUUCACUACAUGUAUGAAGCUAUUUCGAAACGUCCCACUCUUGACUACAGAAUUAAAGCAUCGUUUCUUGAAGUGUAUAAUGAAAAGGUUAAAGAUUUGCUAAACCCAUCAAAUGCGUAUGAUACUUUACCUGUUCGAUGGUCCAGAAAGAAGGGAUUCUAUGUUGAUAAUUUAUUUACAAUGGAAUGUGAAUGUCUGGAGGAUUUAAUGUCCAUAUUAAUAGAAGGCUCCUUGUACAAACAGGUUGGAAUGCAUGCGAUGAACGAUCAUUCAAGUCGAAGCCAUAGUAUUCUUACUGUGUAUGUUGACUGUGAGGAAGAGUUUGAUUCUGACGAAGAAUCUGCAUUGCCAAUAGUUAAACAUGGAAAGAUUAGCUUUGUUGAUUUAGCAGGUAGUGAACGUGUAAAAGAAACGAAAUCAACUGGAGAAAGUUUAGCAGAAUCAAAUAAUAUCAAUAAAAGCUUGCUAACUUUAGGAAACUGUAUAUCAGCGCUUGGUGAUCCUAAGAAAAAGGGAAACCAUAUACCGUAUCGAGAAAGCAAACUGACGAAAUUAUUAGCAGACAGUUUAGGUGGAGAUGGGUUCACUUUAAUGAUAGCAUGUAUAUCUCCUUCUUCGUACGUUCUUCAAGACACUAUGAACACAUUGCGAUAUGCUAAUCGUGCCAAGAACAUCAAAAACAAACCUAUUGUUAAAAUGGAUCCAAGAGAGCAAGUCUUUCAAAGGAUAAAACGCGAACUGAAAUUACUGAAAGCAGAAAACACAUACUUUAGAAAACAGCUUGGUGUUCCUUACUCAGAAUCACAAAUUAUUCUGACACCAAACCAAAUCGAAGGAGAACUAACUGAAAAUGAAUCUGGAACUUUGAGUCCUGCUAUUGGUGCAGACACGUUAUCAUCUAUCGAGUCAAGUCGUAAUAAUUCUUGCAAGGAUUUUACUAUAAAAGAUGACUUCGAGCCAAGAGCUACAACUGCAAUAUAUGCUCUUGGUGCGAAGAAUGGUUUAUACGAUAUGCUACAGGAGUACAUGAAUGAAAACGAAAGUCUGAAAACUGAAAACAUGCAGCUUCAUCGUUCACGAGCUAUUGCACAAAGACAACAAGAGGAAAUGUUUCGUGAGAACGAGAGGCUUUCUAGAAAGCUGGAUGAUCUUGGACGGGUGAUGCUAUCGACACCUUUAUCUCGUGAACAUGUGAAAACAUGGAUUUCCUCUGGUAGUCCCGGUUCAGCAAUCUUUUCACGACAAAUCGCAGACGAAAAUGGGGUAGUUUCAGCAAAUGACUCAACUGGAGAGAAACCUGUCCGAUUUCCACCUGUGCGACAAGGUUCUUACCCAAAUUACGUCAACAGCGUGAAUUUGUGUGCUGAAGUCGAAUACGAGCAGCAAAAACUUCGUCAAAAGAAAGAAAAAGAAAAACUAUCGUCUGAUAAUGUAACUUCUAAGACGCACACACCAAAAUCACCUUGUCUUGGAACGUUACUGGACACACCUCCCAACAAGACAAAAAGUGGAAAUCAAUUAUCCAUUUCCGUGGCGAACAGAAGCAAGGACAAUUUAAACAACGGAGUGGAUACGAAAGAAAACGAGAAGAAUUACGAAGAUUUUGCCGUGAAAGAAAAUUUGAGUAACGGCAGCAAAUCUAGCGCUCGAUCAUCCACCGUAAAAACGAGAGAUGUCAACAAAACCAGAAAAAAUACUUUACCAAGAACAUGGCGAAUGAAAAAGAAAGCACCCGUUGUUGAAAAACCAGGCAGUUACGCAGCAAGAUUUGCAGCACGAAAAGGACUGUUAUCGAAGCACAUGUCGCAAAGACAACCAGCCGCGCCACAUCAAAAUAUCAAUGCGACGUUACUACAACAACAGCAGCAACAACAACAAAUGCAACAAGAAAUUGCGACAACCCAGUACCCAUCAUAUUCACAAAUUCCUGUGUACGGCUACAAUAGCAACUAUGAACAAUAUCCAUAUAUGGGUAUAGGAGUAACUCCAGCGAGCCAGGGUAUUCAACAGGAAAUGCCAAUGAACGGUUAUAACAAUAUCAAUAAAAGCAAACAUCAGGACACGACGUCUCUUGCUGAUGGACAUAUUCACGCUGAUGCACCGCGAAGGUAGCAAACGAAAGACGGUCAUCAGUCUCCAUAAAGUCGGCCUUGUUCAAUUUACCUUCGUAACAAUAGCCACGUGAUGUUUUUUACACGUCAUUGUAGAAAAAACAAGAAAUGGAUCGGAUUACAACGGAUUAUGUCGUUCAUGACCGACUAAUUUCGAGUUGACACACACCUAGCUACAUUUUUCUAAUAUGGCUGUUGUUUUGAUGUUAUUGUUGCAAAGUUUUGUUAAAAGCUCCUUGGAGUUUUACGUUCUCAAAGCUAAGUGUUGACAUGCGUUGAUCCACGGUUUUGUGACGUCAUAAUGUUUAUUUGCGGUAUUGGCACGUCGUUACGACAUGUUUUUCCAAGUGAUUAUUAAGUAAACAAAUUGCGCAGUAAAAGAUGUAAACACAGUGGUCUUUUGUAAAUCGAAUCUAUUGCUCGCCUAAAUAUGUAUUCUUUGGCAAACAUGAUACCCUUGUUCCUAGGGUCAUUUGCCUAUUUUUACAUUCCGUUUCAGUGUAAAAAAGGAAAUGAACCCUGGGAACUAGUUGCAAGCCACUCCUGUCACAAAAAAUAACUUUCAAACAAUUCUCGUCUCCAGGGCUAUUUUUUCCCUACUAGACCGGCGUAGAUUAGCCCUGGAACGAGGCUGCUUUGGAAAGCUUUUUCUCCAUUGUGCGCAAAUGUGGUGUUUUCUUGUCUGGAUAGCUGACCAGGGUGUCAUCGCACCCUUAACAACCUUUCUGCAAUAAUAUUAUUAUGAAAAGUUUUUAUGACAGGCAUAUUAUUUUUAAAAGAAUAAUGUACAAACAAAUUUUUAUUUUCUUAGUCUUAUGUAAAUAUUCAAUAUAGUUGUUUUUAGUUGAGCAGUUAUUUAUUACGAAAUAAAAAAACUUAAAUAUAAA